AUGGAUGCAGAAGGCUCUCAUCCACAGGAGAGCGAGUUUGCGCAAUCCCCAUGGGUUGACAUGGGCGGGUUUCCGCACACCCAGGCCCAUUCACCACCGCUCGACUACCAUGGGUUUGGCUACGGCGUCCUGCCUUUAGAUCCGGCAUAUGGGGUGUCAAUACCACCCCCAUAUGCUUCUCUGCCGUUGACGUUGCCCUCCAACACCUGGCCCAGCAUGCUGACUCCUCAAUCACAAUUUCCCGAAGGGAGCGUUCCCCCAGUCCCAAUUCCUCCCACUUCUACUGUGUCACCCCCUGCUCCUGCACCUCCACCGCGGAAAUCGUCGACGAGUAGCUCGACUCCCCGAAGAACGCUCACUGAUGAUGACCGACGACGGAUGUGUCUCUAUCAUGAGGAGCACAAAACCGCAAAACAAACUGAUAUAGGAGCACUUUUUGGCGUGGAACGCAGUACUGUCUCCAAAGUGUUGCGCCAAAAGGAAAAGUAUCUGAAUCCCGAUGAUGGAAGCCGGUCUCCAAUCAAAAAAGCCAAAGGCAGAGUCCCCGAUAUCGAAAAAGCCUUGUCCAAUUGGGUCCGAAAUUACCAGCGCCAAGGAUAUCCGCUCAGCGACGAGAUGAUACGUGAAAAGGCCUUGUUCUUCGCGAAUACCUGUGGCAGCCCUGAUGGAAAAGAAAAGGUGUUGAGUGCAAGCUGGUUGGAGAAGUUCAAACAGAAGAACAAUAUCCUCGGCGCCAAAUCUCGCAAGAGCUCCUUUACCAAGAGCGAUUCAGAAAGUCCAACCCGGCUGACCAUCAACUCGCCGUUGGCUUCGGCUGUUCAGUCCCCCAGCGUUCUGUCUCCCAUCUCGCCAACUGGGUUCACGUCCCCGUCGCCUUUGUCGCCCAUGCAGAGUCGAGAGAACAUGAGAGCAGACGCUCUUUCUGAGGCUUUCGGGGACUAUCGGCUGACGCAUGCGAAAAGUGCCACAUCACUCGAUACAACAUCGUCCGUGUCCGCUGGUGUAACCAGCCCAUCAUCAACGCUGGUCACGGAUAGUCCGUUCACUCCGACUAGUCAAUCACGAAACACCUCUACCGAAACAAGCUCGAAUCGACCUCGAAGCCAGACAUUCCCGCUUAGCGUUGUUGAUCCGAGUAUCAUGGCCACAGAGGAUGGUCUUGAUCCGCUAUCUUCCAAGCCGGACCUGCAUGCCUUUCCUGGCACGGCACCCGAGCCACCGUCUGGGGAUCAGAACCCACCGUUCAUGCCAACUCUCGAUACAUCUUCGAACACGAUCAAGAGGAACCGCAGCAACCCCGAGAUCAAGACAAAAUCGAUAUACCCGCCACUGUAUUCGAAAUCGAAUACUGUCUCCCCUGUGAGCUCUCCAGGGUCGCCAACGCAGGAUGAAGCCCGGCGAGCCCUUGAGUUGGUAAUGAAUUACUUCGAGCAACAGCCUGCCGGCUUGGGAGCGCAAGAAUAUUUGACCAUCGGCAAGCUGAUGGAGAGACUUGAGCUCGCCAAAGCUCAGAAUACGCUCCCGGGAGGUCUUACCCGUAUCGACGAGCACGAAGACAUGCCCCAUGUGACAAAGAAGCGCAGCAUCCACAGCAUGGUCUAG